AUGAUGCCCAAAGUAGCCCUUCUCGUCACCGCUCUCGUCACCCUCAUCAUGAAAGCUCACGCUGCCACUCUCCCAAUUCGGAUUCUGACCCAUAAUAUACGCUAUGCCGCCGACCCGCCAGCCACAGGCGAAAAGCCCUGGUCCACACGCAAGCAAUUGAUCCUCAAUGAGUUACACUACAAUACCUUACACAAUCCAGAAUCAUUCAUAUGUCUUCAAGAAGUACUCAAUGAACAGCUAGUUGAUAUCAUGACCGGUCUGGGCGACGAAUGGGCCUACAUCGGCGUAGGCAGAGACGAUGGCAAAACGAAAGGCGAAUACAGUCCUAUCAUCUAUCGGAAAGCCGUCUGGGAACUAGUAACAUCGCAGACCGUUUGGCUAAACGAGAACGGAGCGGUAGGGAAGAAAGGCUGGGACGCGGGAUCUGUCCGCAUCCUCAAUUUGGGCGAAUUCAAACACAAGCAAAGUAAAAAAGCCAUGGUAGCGAUGUCUACGCACUUUGACAACGCAGGCGCUAUCUCGCGCCGCGAGUCUGCGAAGAUCAUCGAAAAGGUCGUUGCAAAUGUCACUUCGCCCACCUCAAAUACUUCGUCUUCCACCUUACCUUUCUUCCUGGCCGGCGACCUCAACUCUGAGACUUCUGGCGAAGCAUACAAGAUACUGAACAACGGUUCGUCCAUCAUGCAAGACACAAAGGAGCAGGCCAAGUGGCUGUACGGGGACACGAACACGUUUACGGAUUUCGAUGACCAGACGAAGACGCUGAUUGACUUUGUUUUUGUGGGACCGAGAGGAAAGAGCGAUUGGGCGCUUGAGGGAUAUAGUGUUUUGCCGAAUAAAUUUGAGGAUGGGGUUUAUGGUAGUGAUCAUCGGGCUGUUGUUGUAGAUGGAUUGCUCAAGAUUUGA